AUGAACGAAGGAUUACUGGAAAUGGAUAGAAUACUAACGAACCAAGUUAUGCUUCAUUCUAUUCAUUUUUGCGGUGUGAGAAUGAAAAGAACAGUAAAGAUUUUUUCAUACAAAUUUGGGUACAAUUUAAGAAGAAGAUUUACUUACAUUCCUGGUGAGUGUGCUAAUGUUGCUGGAAUCUUCAAUGGAUCAGUUUCGUUUGUUUUUCCCGUCAUUAUCAUCAAUACACGUUUCCAGUUUGUGCAUGCGACCUUUCAAUUAAGCCACAUGACAACGUAA